CCUUUGGUGGGCGGGGUCUGGGAGCUCCGUGUUUUUUAGACUGAGGAGAAAAGAGAAAGAAGUUCAGAUAACCUUCGCUGAGAUUGUUCAGAUGCAAAAGAGAGGAGAAGAGGAAGGAUAAGAGGAAGGAUAAGAGGAAGGAGAAGAGGAAAAGGAAGAACAAAACAAACUGUAAGGACAGUUUGUCUGCAGCGGGAUUUUGUUGUUUUUUUCCUCCAGAAAAUGUAACUUCAGACAGACAGACAGACAGACAGACAGGAGGACAGAUAGACAGUCUUCAAUCUUUAGAUGAUCUAAACUGGCAGUGAGACACUCAGCAUCUGUCUGUCUGUCUUUUUACCUGGCUCUUUCUCUCUCUUGCUGUCUGUCUGCGUGUCUGUCUGUCUGUCCAGAGGACGGGUCGAGAUGGCACCCGGGUGUGUCUCCGCCCUCAGCCGGACCAGCGGCACCUCUGACGGGCACACAGAGCUCUGACAGCCCGCUGCUGAACCAGAACUGGACGUAGACGUGGAUCUGGAUGUGGAUCUAUAAACCCGGAUUAAAACAGUGGACCGGACCGAAGUGAACUUAAGUGGAUGAACCGGGUUCAAGAUGUCCUCGGAGCUGGCUGUAGGUGUGGUUCUCAGGGUUCUGCUGCCCCUCACUUUGACUACAGCCUGCGUGUUGCGGUAUAAUGGAUUCUCUCUGGUCUACGUCCUCCUGCUGCUGCUGCUGCCACUGCUGCCAGAACCCUCCACCUCCUCUAGCUCAGAUAACAUGUGUCGCUGUGUGACGGCAGUGUGUGUCUCCAGUUUCCUCUUCCUGUUACUGCAGUCCUUCUUCCAGCUGACCACCGCCACCCUGCAGCCAGAGUCCAACUGUACAUCGUGGCAGAAAGCUCUUGGUCAGCUCGGUCUGGUGAGUCUGACAGGAAGUGAUGCGGGCUCUGCAGUGAGACAGGUAUUUCCAGAUGUUGGCGUUCUGGUCGUCGGUCUGCUGACCUGGAGGCUGAUCGUAAGCCUGAACGCCGACACACACACAGAGCAGGAGCAGCAGCAGGAGCAGCAGCAGGAGGAGCAGCAGGAGGAGCAGAUGCUUGAGGAGGACUCUGUGCUCGGAGAGGAGGAGGAGGAGGAGGAGGAGGAGGAGGAGGAAGGCACUAGAAACAGGGUUCUGGUUGAACUGGAGUUACUGGUUCGUAAAAGCAGGCAGAUGGUGGGAACCAUGACAACGACUGGAGGGAAAGUGCUGCUGACGGCUCUACUGGGACUCACAGGGAUUGUCUUGCCCUCUCUCUCCUCCCUCCUUUACCUCCUCUGUUUCCAGGUGUUGUGUACAUGGUGGGCGUGGUCAGGUCAGGUCCCACCCCUCCUCUUCAGGUGUGUGUCUCUGAUGUCAAUGCUCUACUCUUCCUCCCACUUCCUGCUCGUCUACUGCUACCAGCUUCCCUCCCUGCAGGAGGCAUGGCCUCCAAACCGCACCUCUACCAGUGUGUUCGGGCUGGUCUCGGUGGUAUCGGUGGACUGCGCUGCCCCCUGGAGGCUGCAGGUGAACUCUGAGCUCAGCUGGUUCCACUUCAGCAGUCCUCUGAUGCUCCUGCUGCUCUACAACACUGUGGCCAGUCUUUGGAGAAACCAGCUGAUUCACAGUGAUGGGGGACGGCCCGUACAGAGGCUGGAGUCAGUGGUCAGUGAGAGCUGUGACAUCAUAACUGCCACCAGCAACCUGUGUGAUGAGGUCAGCGGUGACAUCACAGCGGCGAGGCGGAGGGAGCUGUGGAGGAGAGCUCAUGAUCGACCCGAGUGCAGAGACGCACUGAUGUCAUUGGCCAAUGACAGUCUGUCUGACUCUUUUGGCCCGCCCACCCAGAGUACAGCCCUGGGAUUGGAUGUCAACUCCACCCCUCACUACUCUCUCAGCCAAUCAGACACAUUGGAGACUUGUGAAUUUGAAGGAGACGGAUGGGAGGAGGAGGAGGAGGAAGAGGAGGAGGAGGAGGAGAGAAGGACCAGUGAGGAGGGAGUCAGUGCUGCCUCCAUGGCAUUCAGCUUCCUCCUCAAACAGAGUUACAUCUGUGCUCUGAUCGCCAUGAUGGCCUGGUCCAUCACAUACGUUUCUUGGUUGACAUGUGUGCUGCUGCUCUGGUCCUGUGUCCUCUGGAUGAUGCGAGAACGUCGUCGGUACACGCUGAUGUCUUCACCCUGGCUGGUCGCCUACGGCAACCUGCUAGUCAUCCUGCAGUACGUCUACAGCUUCCCCUCCGUCCAGGAAGUCCCGGGACUGUUCCCGAGAAAAGAUGAUCCCUGCAGGGAGCUCGCUUCCAAGUUGUUGUGUCUGUUGACCUUCUGGUUGCUGCUGCGUCAGGCACUCACUGAGAAGCGAGACAGACAGAACGACAGACAGACGGGUAUACAGCUGUCUACCAUCACUGUCCACACAGAAGAGGAGCAGAGGGCAGAUGAGGAUGUGCAGGAGAAGAAGAAGAAGAAGAAGGAGUCGGAGGUGUCAUAUGAGGAAGUGCUGCUCCUGCAGGAAGGAGGAGGAGGAGUUAAGAUGGAGGCUCUGGUUGCCGUCAUUACCAGGAUGUUUGUUAAAUACUGGAUCUACGUCUGUGGGACGAUGUUCUUCUUCGUUAGUUUCGAGGGGAAAAUUGUCCUCUACAAAGUCAUCUACAUGGUCAUGUUCCUCUGCUGCGUGGCUUUAUACCAGUUGAACUACGAGCGUUGGCGUGCCUUGCUCAGGGGUUUCUGGGUAGCUGUGGUGGUUUACUCAAUGCUGGUUCUCAUCCUGGUCUACACAUUCCAGUUCCCCUCAUCCCCCCACACCUGGAGCUACUACAGUGGACUCAGCACUCACAGGUUGGAGGAUGUUGGUUUGGAGAAAUUCUCAGUUCCCGUUCUCUUCACUAAGAUAUUCAUCCCUGCAGCGUUCCUCCUGGUGUGUAUCGUACACCUGCAUUACUUCCAUGAGCCGUUCCUGCAGCUUACCGACCUGAAGACUGUGGUGGACACACACAACAGCACCAUCACCAGGUUGGUCCACUCUGAUGGCAGCCUGUUUGAUCUGUCAGUGAGUGGACCUCCUCAACUUCUCCUAGAGGAGGAGAAGAGAGGUGGACAGAGGGAGAGAGCGGAAGAGACAGACAAGAAGUGGAUAAGUGAGGAGGAAGAGAUGGAGGAGGAGUACCCUUGUAUGUUUGAUAGAGAAACCCUGUCUGACCGCAUUACAGUGCUUGUCUCCUGGAGGUUAGUGGUGGAUCGUCUCUCUGUUUUGUUCCUGCGCCUCCUCCUGUCCCUGCAGCGCCUGCAGCACCUCCUCUGGUGGCUCCUGGAACUACACAUCGUCAAGAUCGUCUCCUCCUACAUCAUCUGGGUCUCUGUGAAGGAGGUGUGUGUAUUUAACCUGGUGUUCGUUCUGUGUGUGGGUAUGGCUCUACCCUGCAGGGCGUGGCGCCCCCUUCUGUCAGGAGUAUGUACAGUUUGGACCUGUGUGGUGACCGUCUGUAAGAUGUUGUACCAACUCAACGUCGUCCAACCAAUCAGAUACUCCUCCAACUGCACCAUGCCUGGUAACUCCAGCACCAACCUAUCUCGCUCUGUUUUGUACACUGGACCAGUUGACCCCGCCCAGUGGGUGGGGCUUCGGAAGACAAACGGAAAACUGCUCGAUUACUUGAGGUAUAACCUGAUGAUGUUAGCGCUGUUAGCCUUCGAGGUGACCGUUUACAGACACCAGGAACUCUACCGUCUCCGCCGUAACAAAGUCCCGCCCCCCACCAGAACUCUGUUUCAUGAUAUAACCAGGCGUCACCUGGAUGACAGCAUUCUGAGCUGCAUUAAGUACUUCCUCAACUACUUCUUCUACAAGUUUGGACUGGAGACUUGCUUCCUGUUGGCCGUGAACGUGAUUGGUCAGCGAAUGGAUCUGUUUGCUGUAGGCCAUGCCUUUGGGCUGAUCGCCAUCCUAUCACGUCGCAGCAGGAAACGCAUCACCUCAGUGUGGCCCAUGUACUGCUACUUCCUGUCAGGGCUGUUGUGUUUCCAGUACCUGCUGUGUAUCGGGUUCCCUCCUGCUGUCUGUAAAGAUUAUCCCUGGAGACCUCCGUCUUCCAACAUGGACUCCAAUGUAGUGAAGUGGCUCUUCCUCCCUGACCACCUGACACCACCAAACCCACUCUUCCUCCUCUAUGAUUUCUUGCUCCUCCUCGGAGCCUCUCUGCAGCUGCAGGUGUUUGAGGAGGAGCUUCAACCGUCUGUUCAGAUCCUCUCAGGAGACAACUAUGAGCUGGAUGGAGACGACCAGCAGCUUACUGAUCCAAUCAGACGUCUCCACCUCAACAACGUCCCUGACUUCAUGAUGUGCCGGUCUUACCUGGAUAUGAUGAAGGUGAUCAUCUUCAGCUACAUGUUCUGGUUUGUUCUCACCAUCAUUUUCAUUACCGGAACCACCAGGAUCAGUAUCUUCUGUAUGGGUUACCUGGUGGCGUGUUUCUACUUCCUGUUGGUGGGCGGAGACCUGCUGCUGAAACCAGUCAGAUCCAUCCUGGUGUAUUGGGACUGUCUGAUUGGCUACAACGUGUUCGUUAUCACCAUGAAGAAUAUUCUGUCGAUCCUGGCCUGUGGUUUCAUUAAGUCACUGGUGUGGAAUCACUGUUGGCUGAUUCAGCUCUUCAGUUUGGCCUGCACCAUCAAAGGAUACACCAAACCGGAGCAGCAGAGCAGUAAACAGUGUGAGUUGCCGAGUGACGAGGCCGGGAUCAUCUGGGACGGGGUCUGUUUCUGUUUCCUGUUACUGCAGAGGAGGGUCUUCAGGAGUCACUACUUCCUGUAUGUGGUCCUGGACCUGCAGAAUACACAACUACUAGCCUCCAGAGGGGCAGAGCUCUUUGAGGCGUCCACAGUGAAAGCGGUCAGAGCGAGACUGGAGGUUGAGAAGACGUCCAUGAACUUGCUCAAGAGACAGAUGGAGCGGAUUAAGUCUCGGCAGCAGAAGUUUCGCAGAGGAAAAGAGAAGAUGUUGAGUUUGACCCAAGACAGCUUCCAUACCAAUGAGAACAAAAAGGGGCGGCGGCAGAAAGAGUGGUGGAGACCAUGGGUAAACCACGCCUCCAUGGUGAGGAGUGGGGACUACUACCUGUUUGAGACCGACAGUGGGGAGGAGGAGGAGGAGGAGGAGGAGGAGGAGGAGGAGGAAAAGAAGGACGAAGAGGAGAAGAAGAAGGAGGAGGAGCUACCUGAGAAAUCAGCCUUCCAAUUUGUCUAUCACGCCUGGAUAACAGACUCCAGAACAGCAAUGAGAGCUCGCAACAACCAGAAGAAACUCUGGAAGAAGAACUCCUCUGAACAAAGGAGCAAAAAAGAGGAGAAGAGAGGAGCUGGAGUUAUAGAAGUGACAGAGGAGGACAGGGAGGAGGAAGAGGAGGAGGACGAGAAAGAGGAGGGGCCAGACACGGUGUUGCGUCGGUUCUCCAACACAUUGCGAUUCUGUUGGGUUCUGAUGUCCGCUCUGCUGGACUCUCUGACUGCCUGGGUCAGGGGUCUGUGUCAGGAACACAUUGACAUCUCCACCGUCCUCCGCAUUGAGCGCUGCAUGUUAAUGCAGCAGGCCAAGCAGGGCAAUGUUCCCAAUAGAGAGGCAAUCCAUGUUUACUACCAAGAACAGAUGAUGAAAACCUCCAGAGAGUCAGGCCUGGACUACAGUUUCCAUGAGGUCGAGGUGCAGACCUCAGCAGAGAGAGGAAGGGAAGAGGAAGUGAAUCCUGAUACAGAUGAAGAAGAAGCACAAGGUCAAACAGCAGAGGUGAAACCAGACACUAAACCAGGAGGAGAUUAUCCAGAUAAACCAGAACCAGAGCCAUUAUCAGGAGGAGAUCCAUUUGAACCAGGACCGGAACUAGUAUCAGCAGCAGAUGGUCCUGAUAAAACAGAACCAGUAUCAGGAGGUUCAGGUGAAACAGUUUCAGUUAAACCAGAGACAGCAGAAGGGGACCCAGUAUUCUUUGUGGCUAAAACGAGCCAAAGAUGGCGACCCAAACUUUCAAGGAUGAAGAGAGUCCAGUCUUUAUCCUCUUCGUCAUCUUCAGAGGAAGAAAGGAUCAGUCGGACUUACAGUGGUGAAGAAUCAAACCAGCAACUUCCUAUUGACACACAACCGACUCCUACCUUCACCAGCGCCUCCUCCCCCACCUCCCCCUCCUCCCUCCUCCUCCCCCCCUCCUACAGCCUUGCUCUGGGCCUGGACCUGCAUGAGGAGGAGGUGGGGGAACACAGGAGAAGGAGGAGGAGGCGGAUGCUGGUUCAGACUCCAGGGCAGAGGAGUGACUUCCUGUCUGACUCUGCCUCCACUUCCUGUGUGCUGGCGUCUCACACUCAGGAGCUUACGGCCAGUGAGCUGCUGAAGAACAGAACUUUCUAUGACGAGGAGCUCGAGUCAUCAGACCGUUUUUACGGCAACCAACACCAGCUGCUCCAGCUGUGCUACGCCCUCUACAACAUCCUGGCCGCCAGGUCAGAGACAGUAUGUUACCUGGUCAUCGUGCUGAACCACAUGGUGUCUGCCAGCUGUCUGACGUUGGUACUUCCUGUUCUGGUGUUUCUCUGGGCCACGCUGUCCGUACCUCGACCCAGUAAGACCUUCUGGAUGACAGCCAUCAUCUAUACCGAGGUUACCAUCGUCAUCAAGUAUUUCUUCCAGUUUGGUUUCUUUCCAUUCAACCAGAAGCUGGAGGUGGACCGCUCUAAACCCUUCCACCCCCCUAACAUCCUCGGGGUGGAGAAGAAGGAGGGCUAUGUCCUGUACGACCUGCUGCAGCUGCUUGCCUUGUUCUACCACCGAGCCAUACUCAAGUGCCAUGGACUGUGGGACCAGACUGUUACCAUGGAGACCGACACACUCCAUCACCAGGAAGACUCCGCUGACGGUGCCACCUCUAUUGAUCCAGCCAACCCCAUCGACGUGCUGCGUCGCAGGAGGCGAACACGCUCCAGCUCCACCCAGCUGCGCUCUCCAGCAGGCAGCGUGAGCUCCAGAGCUCAGCAGCCCGGCCGGUUGGAUCUGCUGCUGGAGAAACUCAGAGAACUUUCCAUUAGAGCCAAGACGUACUCUGUUAGCAGGUGUAUGUCUCUCUACCGUCCCGUCCUUCAGUUCUUCAGAGCUCUCGUCCAACCAGAAUACAGCGCCGUCACUGAUGUUUACGUCCUCAUGUUCCUGGCCGACACCGUCGACUUCAUCAUCAUUGUCUUCGGCUUCUGGGCCUUCGGAAAACACUCUGCAGCUGCUGACAUCACUUCCUCCCUCUCAGAGGACCAGGUUCCUGAAGCUUUCUUGGUGAUGGUUCUGAUCCAGUUUGGUACCAUGGUGAUAGACAGGGCACUGUAUUUGAGGAAGACAGUUUUGGGGAAGUUGGUCUUCCAGGUGAUUUUGGUUUUUGGGAUUCAUUUCUGGAUGUUCUUCAUCCUUCCAACGGUCACUGAGAGGCGUUUCAAUCAGAACCUGGUGGCUCAACUCUGGUAUUUUGUCAAGUGCGUUUACUUUGGUCUGUCGGCAUAUCAGAUUCGAUCUGGUUACCCAACACGAGUUCUGGGAAACUUCCUGACGAAGAGUUACAACUACCUCAACCUCUUCCUGUUCCAGGGCUUCCGUCUGGUUCCCUUCCUGACGGAGCUGAGGGCGGUGAUGGACUGGGUGUGGACAGACACCACUCUGUCUCUGUCCUCUUGGAUCUGUGUUGAGGACGUUUAUGCCCACUGCUUUGUCUUAAAGUGCUGGAGGGAGUCUGAAAAGAGGUACCCUCAGCCUCGUGGCCAGAAGAAGAAGCGGGUGGUGAAGUAUGGGAUGGGGGGGCUCAUUGUUCUGCUGCUCAUCUGUAUCGUCUGGUUCCCGCUGCUCUUCAUGUCGCUCAUCAAAUCUGUGGCUGGAGUCGUGAACCGACCGCUUGACGUCUCUCUGACCAUUACGCUGGGAGGCUUCCAGCCGAUCUUCACGAUGAGCGCUCAACAGAAUCAGCUCAAAGAUCUGACUGAGGAAGACUUCAGCUCCUUCAUCAGCUCCUACAGCUACACGCCUAGUGCCUUGCAGUUCCUAGAGGCAUAUAGUAGUGAGGAUGUCACGGUAGCUGAGCUGCAGGGCAGCAGUAACUCUCUGUGGACCAUCAGUCCUCCCAGCAGGCAGUACCUGAGUCAGGUCCUCAACCUGGACCACUUCCCCCUCACUGUGUCCUGGACUGUUCAAAGGAACUUGAGUCUGGGGGCGAAGGUGGAGCUUGCUUCAGGUAAACAUGUGACCUACCUGGACGAUCAAACUCGUCUGGAGCUGAUCCAGCUGCUGAACGGAACAAGGACACUUCCUGUGGUGAUACAAGAAGUGUUUCCAUGUUUCAUCAGAGCUCCCAGCGACUCCAACGCUAAACCCAUCGAACAGCUUUACACAGGCGGCCACUAUAAGGACAUCCUGCUGGCCCUGGAGCGGUCAACCAAUCAGAGUCGAGAGAUCCAGGAGUGGUGGAUUGUCGACCAACCGGCCACAAGCCUGGUGCAUGUUGGGGGUGGAGCCUCAUUGAGUGACAGGAGGGAGGCAGGGCUUCAGCUUUUUGUGUUCAGUGAUAAAGUCAGCCCUCCGAGUCUCGGCUUCCUAGCUGGAUACGGCAUCAUGGGAUUGUACGCCUCCGUGGUGUUGGUGAUCGGGAAGUUUGUGCGAGAGUUCUUCAGUGGGAUCAGUCACUCCAUCAUGUUCGAGGAGCUGCCCUGCGUCGACCGCAUCCUCAAACUCUGCACCGACAUCUUCUUGGUGCGAGAGACAGGUGAGCUGGAGCUGGAGGAGGAGCUUUACGCCAAACUGAUCUUCCUGUAUCGAUCGCCAGAGACUCUGAUCAAAUGGACCCGACGGUGACCUCAUCGAUCAAUAAAGCACUGAUCAGGCAGACUGAACUGUUCUCCAGAUGUUACUUUAAAGAACAGGAACCAGAACAUUACCUGUGUGCUGGGUGACCAAUAGGAGCAGCUGGGAGGCGGAGCUAACCUUCUGUGACUACAGUGUUACACAGCAGGUAGUGUUAUGGGAGUAUUAUACAAAUAUUGAUCAUUGAUUAUCAAUAACUGCAGGAGUUGUCACAUCCCUGAGAACCUGGAAUUCUUUGAAUCAGCUCAUGGAAAAGUCCUGGAAAACUUUGUGUUUUCUGAAUGAGGGGUAGAUGAUUGGUGGAAUUAAUGACCAAUCGGUGAUACAAAAUGUAAACCAAAUUGAAGCCCCGCCCACUACCAAAAUUCAAACCAUAUGAUUGGACACUGCUGCCGUCACCCCGACACUGACUGACAUACAAGGAUUAACAGAAGACAAGUAUAUCUGAGUCUCUCUUUUUCCAGAACAUUUUCUAGCACUUCCUGUAUAGGGUCUACAAACAGGAAGUAAUGUCAAACACUUCUGAGCUGUAAAUGAAAAAUAGUCCCGUCACACAGCUGUUUACACAUAUUUGUAUUUCUUUUUCUGUAAUGUCUCAGUGUUACUAUUAGCACCAUUUUAGCUUUAUGUUAGCUGUAAUUCUACUUUAGCUUCAUAUUAGCUGUAGUUAGCUCUGUGAUCGCUGUACGGUCUACAUUAGCACUAUCUUAGCUUUAGUUUGGCUCUAUGUCAGCUCUGUAUUGGCUCUAUGCUAUAGCUUUCAUUAGCACUAAACUGGCUCCAUGCCAGGUCUACUUUAGCUGUACAUAAGCUUUAUGUAAGUCUGCUCUAGCUACAUUAGGUUAAUAUUAGCUCUAGCUAAGCAUUAGCUAGCUCUCCUGCCCUCACAGGAACAUCAGAGCUACAGGAGAGUGAGGGAGCUGCCAAUAAGAUGUGUAAUCAGAGGAAAUGAGUGAAAACGCUGUUCAAAUAGUCGCAACGUGACACUGGAAUCACAAAGUAUUUAGUCCACAUCACUUUCUAGUGACAUAAAGCUCGAAGUCAAUGUAACAGCUUUAGAAUAAAUGUUGUUGUUUGAAGGUUUUACAGUGAAUUUCUUUGUGUUUCCGUCACUUUAUUAUCUGUAAAGUUUCAUGUGAAUAUUUGGAUCAGUGAAAAUGUGACAAUAAAACAUUUCUUUACCAGA